AAAAAAACACCUUGCCCUUGAGCAGAGCCUGGCUUUGUUAUUCCUAGCCUGUCAAGUACGGGGCAGCUAAACUACAAAGCCUAUGCAGUAUGCCGUCAUCAUAGUCUCACCGUGCAGACACUGUAAUGCACAUCGACUGACGAGAACCUGUGCCUAGCAGUCCGUCUCUCAUGUCUGCUGUGUGCCGAAUCUCCCUCGUGCUCUAACCAGCUGCGUACCAUUGAUUUAUGGCGACAACACUUGGUCCCAUUUGCGGCUUUGGAUCAGUGAAGAGAGGGUUGCACUUUCUACCCCUCAAGCAAGACCAUUAACGUUUCUUCACCCACUGGGUACCGGCCCAGAAUUUGGCUGAAAACUGGAAUAAAAUCUACAUCGUCGACUGGGAGAAGUCUGUAAAAUAAAUGCGAUUUCUUUCUUUACCGCGCUUUUAGUUUUAGAUUUAGUUGUUGGAGGAUAUAACGAAAUCAGACGAUAAGGUCCGUGGUUUAUAUCCAAAACUAAAAAAUAGGAUCAACGUUUGAUUGAGAACCUCUUCCCAGGACCUGGUGACUGAUAAAUUUGACGCUGAUUAUUUCGUAAUCCAACUUUUGUGCCACGUUUAUUUAAAUGAAUUGUGGAUGCAACAGCUUUAUUUCUUGGAGAUCAGAUUCUAAGCACGACUGACUCAUUGGGAAGUAUUUAUAGCCAAGAUUGAGCCAGCGCCUCGCAAGAAUUUUCUGAAAGGAUUGAUCAUUGGACAUCACUGAUUUGUCACUUUUAUGACUAAAUUUGCAAACCAAUUUUUGAUUUUUGUUCAGCUACCAACCAAGAUCUUUGAAUUAUAUUUUCAAAAGUAGAAGAAAUGCCGAAGCGGAAAGUUCACGACGCCUUCUCGAAAAGCGAAGGCGGCCGAGGCGUUGAUUCCGACAGCGAGAGUUCCUCGUCAACAGACCGCUCCGACCCGGGAGGCUAUCGCCGAGUCUCCGGCGAUCGUCCCCUUCUACCAUCCGCCAACAACUACAACAUGAACAUGGACUCCAACAUCACCUACGAGCUUGACUCUCAGGGUAUCCCUCGGCAGCGCGGUGCCGCCAACGCCCGGGAGCGCGACCGGACUCAUAGCGUCAACAGCGCCUUCGUGCAGUUACGGGAUCUUAUCCCCACUGAACCCAGGGAUCGAAAACUUUCUAAAAUCGAGACCCUAAGGUUAGCGACAAGUUAUAUCAACCAUUUAGGUACUCUCCUUCUCGUCGGGGAUGAGGAGAUUGAACAGCCGUGCAUGCAUCGGGCCAUGCUCCGACCUGGUAGCGAGGCAGGCCCUAGGAUUAUCUGUACCUUUUGCCUGCAGAAUCAUAUGAGCAAUAUGAGGAACAGAGCUGUCAUGAACGUACACCAUCAGCACAUGCGACCGUUGGACAUGGAAGCCAUGAUGGCCCACCGGCAUCCCACACACAUGAUGAGAUAAGAUGGAUCCUUCCCACAUCAUAAAUUCUCUAUCACCUCAUGACUCCAGCAAAGACUGUGGAAAAGCGGCUGCAUGGUUUUAGGGUGGAUGCCUCCCACAUCACGGGCUCAACUAAACUCAUGACUCUAGCAAAUGCUAUCGGAAAACUGAUGUAUGCUUCUUGGGUAGAUCCUUCCCACAUCUCAGGCUCAACUAAACUCAUGACUCCAGCAUAGGCUAGUAUGGGAAAACGGAUGUAUGCUUCUUGGGUAUAUGCUCCCUAAAUCACAGGCUCGACCAACUCGUUAAUCCAGCUGCUACAAAUAAUAUAUGUAGACCACUGCAGGUUUAUAGAGAGCUAAGAUCACAAAGAUGGAUGCCUCCCAUAUCACAGGCUCAACCCAUCUCAUGACUCAUGAUUUCAACGAACUGGUGUGCUUUUUAUUUGGAGG